UCUUAAACAGUGAAGCAAUGAACAGACGUCGAUCUCAACUGCAUUUCUUCAUUUUCUGGAGUCUUUUAUGCUUAUCCCGCCAAGCGAGAGUAAAGAACAUCUCUUCCGCCGUGGCAAGGCAAAUUCGAUCCAUUGGAUUUCCCGAGGGUAGCGGAAUGGGGAUAUUUUUUGCUAUUGCAAUACCAAUAGACAUACCGGAUAAAUCGAUUUCCGUUUCCAAUUACUUUGAAGCAAAUUACGGACUGCCAGGCGAUAAAAAUUCCAGUUAUUUCGAAGAAUAUUAUCAAAAGAGAAGUAUCGACAGACGUUUCGCUUAUAACAUCCUGGAAAAUAAAUUGAAAAGUGCAGGAUAUCCAGCAAGAACUUGUCUACUGCGCACCAUUUGUGAGGCUGCAGAAAUUCCCUUAAUCGAAAACGGUUUAAUCGGAGACAUUCUACAAAUACUUUUUACACCCUCUGCAUCGCAAGAUGAAAAUUUACCAAUGGAGAUCAAAGAAGCAGAAUUUGCGAAGAAUUGCGCGGAUGUUUAUAGCGAUUGUCCUAUUAGUUUACUGGAUAUGAUAAGUUAAAAGAAAACUUUAAGAAAAACAUAAAUGUAAGAAAAUUGAAAAAUUUUCAAUAAGAAAUUAUUAUUAUAUAAAUUAAUAAUAAUAUUAUUAAAUAUUAUUAUUAAUUUAAAACAUUAAAUAAUCAAACUUGUGAUAACCAACGUACAUAGAUUAAAAAAGUUAUGUGUCCGUUCAAUAACUUACAAAUUAAAAAAUAGUGAUAAUGUGCAAUAACUCAAGACUAUUAUUACAAUAUUAAAAUUAAGACCAUCUUAUUAAAAUAUUUUACC